AUCACAGUUCGAAUCCCGCUGCCUUACAAUAUCUCUAUCAAUUCCAAGCGAUGUUAGCCGAAGAUAUGUUCGGUGAUAACCCUGGGGUUUGUAAGAGGACUCAUCCUCUGGUACAGAUUGAAGAAAAAGCCUCCAUUAUUGGAGCUUAUCAGAUGAGUAUAAUAGACAGGGCUCAGUUUGACCUUAAGCUGUCUCCUCUUACUCCGAGAGAAAAUUCCUAUUUUUCGAAUUCUUCUGAAAAAUACGGCUUUGCUGAAGGAUUUUCUCAAAUAGAGCAUCAGAACUCUGUUGAUUCCCCCCUAAAUAUGUCCUCGCCCUCUGUCCAAACCCUGUGUGCACAAAGUGCCUUUGCCGCAUAUGUAAAAGCUGUUCCGAUCGCCGCCUUUGAAUCUUCUACUGGUGGUCACAUCUUGCAUAAGAGGUGUUUUAGGUUUCUGAUCUCAAUCCAGGAGAAAAAAGGCAGAGCAGCGCAGAUAUCAGGUUUAAAUGCUCUUGCGAGCGAUAAUAAUAAUAAAUUUCAGAAAGAAAGAACUCACUCGGCGUUUGAGCAUAUGAUAGCCGAGCGGAACAGGAGAAUCAGAUUGAAAGAGCAUUUCUCAAAUCUUUAUUCUCUCCUACCUAAAAAAUCCAAGAGAGAUAAAUAUUCAAUUUUGGCAAAUACAACAAGCUAUUUGAAGGAAUUGAAGCUUCGUGUUAUUCAGUUGGAACAGCAAAAUCAAAAUUUGUUGAAACUUGUUUCGAAAAGUUUUCCAAAAGCUGAAGGAAGUAAGAAAGAUUCUAAUGGAUUAUGAUUAUUUAUUCCACAUAAUUUAAGGAUGAAAAAAUAAAGAAAGUGUGAUUAUUAGUGAGCUAAUUCUUAAUGGCUAGGACUUCUUGACUCGGAUGUAAAGUAACAAAUAUUUUAAGGUAUUUUAUGAUCCUC